AUGAAGAAUCGGAGAGAAAGGAGGAUUUCCGUCAGACGACCGACUGUACCGGUGGAUCGGAGGUGGUCCUGUUCUUCCUCCCACCACGAUUCCCAGUUUUUGUUCGCCGGAACACCGAUUCCACCGUGGUUUCUGAUCCACGUUGACCAGUCGUCCCAGUCUUCAACGAUUUUUUGCCCUUCUUCAAUCUUGAGUACACGAUAUGGAAAUAAGAUCCUAGUAACUGAUGAACUACCAGAUGGUCAAAUAGUGGAUGAAUGGGAGCCAGUCUAUUUAGAAAUCCAAACAAGAAAAUUCCUUGUUGACUACGAACGCAUUCCAGCAACAGAUGAAAAAUCACCCAAGGAACAUGAUUUUGAUACGUUGGUUGAUAGAAUUUCAAGAGCUGAUCUUAAGACAGAAAUAAUCUUUAACUGCCAAAUGGGGCAUGGGCUUAUUACCACAGGGAUGGUCAUUGCCACAUUGAUCUAUUUAAAUCGAAUAGGAGCUUCUGGCCUGGGUAGACCCGUCUUUUGGCACAACAUGAGAGAAGAACCUGUUAUUUACAUUAAUGGAAAGCCCUUUCUGCUUCGUGAGGUUGAAAGACCCUACAAAAAUAUGCUCGAGUAUACGGGAAUUUACUGUGAAAGAGUGGAGAGAAUGGAAGCUCGACUGAAAGAAGAUAUUCUCAAAGAACCUGAACGUUAUGGAUGUAAGGUAUCUACCUGA